AGAGGCGGAGAGAUAUGGUCGGAUUUUGGCAAUAUUGUACAAAAAGAAUCUACAAGCCUUGACUGUGGUCUGGAUCUGAGGGAUGUUUCCCAAGAAGUUCUUCUGUCACCUUUACCCUCUUGUGAGGUGACAGGUCAGUGGCAUGGCUGCUGUAUGUUCACAUCUGGAGCUAGGUGUUUAUGCUUGACUUAAGCCACUUAUGCCCUUGACAUUUGAAAGUAGUGAGAGAUACGGCAUUUUUGAGACUUGGAAUGACACCUGCCCUAUGGUUUCUUAAUCAUGUUGGUUGCUCUUUUAAAAGAGAAUAAUUGCUCAGUUGUUGGUAGCAUUAAUGCAAAUAAGCAAUUGGGUUAAUUACUGGUUGUUUCUUCCUUUGAAGCUGAUGGUAGUGGUUGGAGGACAAGCACCGAAAGCUAUCCGCAGUGUAGAAUGUUACGAUUUUAAAGAAGAACGUUGGCACCAAGUAGCUGAGCUGCCUUCCAGAAGAUGCAGAGCAGGAGUGGUAUAUAUGAGUGGCCUUAUCUUUGCUGUUGGUGGAUUCAAUGGUUCCUUGAGGGUCCGCACAGUGGAUUCAUAUGAUCCAGUGAAGAACCAGUGGACAAGUGUUGCUAAUAUGCAAGAUAGAAGAAGCACUUUGGGAGCUGCAGUAUUAAAUGGACUUCUGUAUGCUGUGGGAGGAUUUGAUGGAAGCACAGGGUUAUCCUCAGUAGAAGCUUAUAAUAUGAAGACUAAUGAAUGGUUUCAUGUGACUCCAAUGAAUACAAGAAGAAGUAGUGUUGGUGUAGGUGUAGUUGGAGGUAUGUUGUAUGCUGUUGGUGGCUAUGAUGGUGCAUCACGUCAGUGCCUUAGUACAGUGGAAUGCUAUAAUUGUAAUUCAGAUGUAUGGACCUAUGUUGCAGAAAUGAGCACGAGACGUAGCGGAGCAGGAGUUGGUGUCUUAAACAACUUAUUGUAUGCAGUAGGAGGUCACGAUGGCCCUUUAGUUAGAAAAAGUGUUGAAGUGUAUGAUCCUGCCAUUAAUACAUGGACGCAGAUUGCAGAUAUGAACAUGUGUAGGAGAAAUGCAGGAGUUUGUGCUGUGAAUGGGCUCUUAUAUGUCAUUGGAGGAGAUGAUGGUUCCUGUAACUUGGCCACAGUGGAAUAUUAUAACCCAACAACAGAUAAGUGGACAGUUGUAUCUUCAUGUAUGAGUACAGGAAGGAGCUAUGCAGGUGUCACUGUUAUUGAUAAACCAUUGUGAGCUGGAACAAAUAUUUUUUCACUUUGAUUAUGCUCUAGACGCGAGCUUGAACAAGUGGUCUUGAAGCAAUUGAGCAUCAAAGCACUUCUCAGCUUGUAGCUGCAAACUGAGUUAUGUUGGAAGAUGUGAUCUGCUACAAUUAAGGCUGAAAAUGAAGAUUAUUCCAGGUUGAAGCAAUGUGUAGCAUUAUUUGAUAUUAAACUGCAUCUGACUGAGAUGUAGCAAAGUUGUAUGGACCACAAUUUUUAUUUGCUUGAUUUCUGGACAUAACCUUUCUUAAGGACCAAUCAUGUCUCAUGGUUGACUGUUGUUUUUUUUAAAGUGAAAGAUAAAGUAGUGUGUUCUGGUGAAAAUGAACUUGUCUGUUUUGCAAAGAAAGAGAGAAAUAUACAUGAACUGCAGGAUUUUGGCAGGGAUACUGCUUAUUUAUUUCAUUGAUAUCCCAUCAUUCCAGUAGAAAAAUAGGAUGCAAGGUAGCUAACAGUAAUACUAAGAACAAAACCACUGAAAUUACCACAAUAAACUGUAAACAUUAAAACAAUUCUAAAGGCCAGUUUGAAGAAAUGUGUCUGCACAGUUCAAGAGAAGGAGCUGAUUAUAAGGAGAGGGGCAUCCCAUAGACUAGGAGCAACACUAGAGAAAGUCCAUCCCCACCUGCCUGUCAAGUAGAUCCCCAGGCUGACAGUAUUCUCAGGAGGGACACCCCUAAAGAUAAACAUCUAGAUAGAUUCACAACAAGGCAGGUUGCCUCUUAGCCAGGCCUCAAGUAGUUUAGGACUUUAUAUGUUAAACCAAAACCUUGACUUGGGUCCAGAAAGCAAUUUCCAAACAGUGCUGAAUUUUCAGUACUGGGGUAAUAUAAUCUAAUAGUCACUUAGCAAUUUAGUUGCCACUCUUUGCACCAACAGAAGCUUCCAGACACACUGUGCAGAGGUAACCUCAUGUAAAGAGGAUCACAGUAGUCAAAACAGGAUGGAUAAAUGUUGACAUGAAAUGUACAGAGGAAAGAUCUGAAGUGAGGCACUUCUUGGCACUGCUACCAUUUUCAGAGUCCAAGGACUCCCAGGCUAUAAACCUGACCUUUACAGGGGAAACAUAGUCCAUUCCAAAUCACAUUGAAUCCCAAUACUAGAACCACCCUUUUUACUGACCAGCAGUACCUCUGUCUUGUCAGGGCUUAAUUUCAGCUUCUUAAUACCCAGAUAGCCCGUUACCAAAUCCAUCCAGCAUUCAAAGAUAUUUGCUUGCUUGGUGUUUUAGGUGGCAAGAAGCAAUAAUACUGGAUGUCAUUCCUAAGCUCUGAAUGUUUUUUUUCCAAUGGCUUCAUAGAUAACUGAAUAGCAUGUUAUCAGCAGUGUGGGUGGGGACAACACAGACCUCUAAGGGACAUCAUAUGCUAAAUGCCAAUACAUUAAACAGUAAGACCACUUUCUAGGUAUAGACUGACAAGAAGGUUAAUAAAAUACAGUGCCUCCCAUGGUGAAUCCAGGCUUAACAGGAUAUCAUAGUCAAUAAUAUUAAAAGCCACCAAGUGGUGUAAGAGAACAAAUAGGGCCAUAUUUUUCACAUCUGCUACCCAGUAUAAAUAAUCUGUCAAUGGAACCUAAGCAAUCUCAGUCCCAUUGUCAGCUAAAAGCCCAAUUGUUGUCCAGAAAUGCCUGACACUGCAGUGCCACAACCUUAUCAAUCACUAGCCAAGAAUGAUACAACCAAAACUAUUGUUGGCCAGAAUAACUGGAUCAAAUGUAGGUUUCUUUUAAUAGUCUUAUUAUUGUGUCCUCUAAACAAGCAGAGACAACAUCCUGCAAGGAAGUAUUACCUUCCUUAACCAUGACAACUAUACCACCUUGGCAUAUUUAAUCAGCCAGGAGGGGCAACAAUUGAGUAAACAAGUGGGAGCCUUCAGUGAUCCAGACAUACUGUCCUCACCUUCAAGAUCUAAAAACUGAAAGGAAUCCUAUAUAAUGUGACAAGCCGUUGUCAAGGUUAUAUCAACCUGACUUGCCUCAUUGUCAGAGACUUCAGGUAAACCUAGCCACUAACUGCAAAACAUACAGCAAGCCACUAACAGCUCUAGCACUCUGGGGAAGAAAGCCUUGCACAGUUUGGGAAACUAUCACUAAUCUGUACUGUACAGGCAGAACGGUGACACUGAAUUCCAGCUUAGUUCUAAAACCCAAUUUAGUAUUGAAAUUCAAAACAACAUAUUGAAUUCCAGCUUAAUGCUAUGAGCUGGCAUGAGAACUUGGGGGCUUUUCUAAAUCAUCACUGGUUAUAUUACUAUUGUGUGCAUAUUUAAGUGUGUGUAAGUACCUUUAUACUUUUUCGGAACUUGAUUGAUACUAUUUAUAAUUGGAUGGUACUCCCAAGUAUGCCUGUACUAUGUUGUAAAACAGAGUGUAUAUUUUGAUAUACCAAUGCUUUAAACCUAAUAAAUGCCACAGAAAAUUUAAUGCCAAAAUGUUUUUAACUUACGUAUUGGUGAUCCUUACUUGCUACUAUCUCCUUUGUUAUGUUUUGAUGUAUCUGACUUUGUUUUGGGGUUAAUAUUUGGCAUGGAUUUAAAUGCAGGUUUAUAAUGAAUGUAUGAAGCUCUGUUUUACUUGCAUGGCAUUUAAAACUAUUCCUGUGUAAUUCUAGCUGCUAUGAAAGACUAUGUACUGUAUGUGAAUAUGUUUGUAAGUACAAAAUAAAAAUCAGUUAAUUCCUGGAUGCUUUAAAUAUGACCAAAACCAUUGUCAGUUUGACCUGUUUACUUUAAUAAAACUUUGCAUAUUUGUUUUUCA